ACUUGUUACAGGUCUCACAAUCAGGUUUCUUUCAUACCGAGACAUCGAUGAUGUUAGAUACCUUGGAUAAAAUGAAUAAGUUGUUAGGGCCAAAGCACCGUUUAAGCGGGAAAGGUCUGUACAUGCAAAAUGAAAAUCCAUCGCUUUUGGCGAUCGAAGAUCUCAUGCCUCUCGGCUUUCGCAUGACCGAUCUGUCUGGUCUCGACUUAGCUCAUUCCAUAUUGGUGCUUCGCGGAUUGGCCAGGUUUCAUGCAGCCUCUGUAGCCGUAUGCGAAAAGGAACCAAAGCAAAAGAAGAUGUAUUCGAGAGGAUCAUUUAACAACCAGAAUCCAUCAGAAGAGAGAGAUUUUUUCAAUAACGGUACUAAAGCUUUAUCAGAGGAGAUUAUAACCUGGCCAGAAGUGAAAAAAUACUCGGAGAAGAUUGCUAAACUCUCUGAUCAUAUGUAUCAAAUAGGCAUAGAUGCAACCAAGCUCUCUGAGAAUGAAUUUAAUGUUAUUAAUCACGGCGAUUGUCACAUGAAGAAUAUGUUGUUUAAAUAUGACAAUGAUGGCAACCCUACUGAUCAUAUUUUUCUGGACUUCCAAGCCUGCAUCUACACAUCACCGGCAAUCGAUCUUCUAUAUUUUCUCAAUACAAGUCUUUCGUUGGAUACCAUUGAGAACAACAGAGAUAUUUUAUUAAACGAAUACUUUGGCACCUUGUCGACGACUAUGAAGCAACUAAACUGCAAGACAAAGCCGCCCACAAUGGAGGAAUUGAAGGAUACCAUGAAGCGAAGAGCCAGCUUUGAAAUGGUAUCAUCCUUCACUGUUUUGCCAUUAAUGCUGUGCUCUAAGACUGAAGCGAAAGAUUUAGAUGAAAUGAUGAGCACUGGUACUUGGAUUAAUCCAGGCUUGAAAAGCGAGGAUUUUAAGAAAUUCAUGAUAAAGAAAAUUCCACUGUAUGAUGAGUGGGGUUUACUGGAUCUCACAAAUGCUAUUUGCCUGGUCAAACGGCAUACACUUUGCAACGUGAAUCGCGAGGUUCCACGUGGGUUUGCAACUUUUUACGCGAAACGAGGUUCACCCCACACCAAAAAAUUGUUUCUGUUAAAAGUGAAUACCGUAGAGGCACCAUCGUGGCUGAAUCAAUGCUUCGUGGAAAAGAUUCUGCGAAAUUCGGAGGAUGACAAUUCGAUUCAAGUGAUCAAUAUGUUCUCAAAACCGGCCACGAGUAAGGGUGACAACUACACCAGCGACAUAAUGAGGAUUACUAUCGAAUUUUCACGUGACCAAGACGGCCGUAAGAUUACAGAGAAGAAAUCAAUUAUCGUCAAACUCUUGCGUGCAUUUGAAAGUAUUUGGGACAAUUCUGAUUCCGGACCAUUAAGUCUCUUUGAUACAGAGAUAUUGAUGAUGUCAGAUACCUUGAAAAAAAUGAAUAAAUUGUUAUGGCCGAAGCACCGUUUAAGCGGAAAAGGUCUAUACAUGCAAAAUAAAAAUCCAAUAAUUCUGGUGAUGGAGGAUCUAGCACCUCUUGGCUUUCGCAUGGCCGAUCGUAGGUCUGGUCUUGACUUAGCUCAUUCCAUAUUAGCGCUACGAGGACUAGCCAGAUUUCAUGCAGCCUCUGUAGCCGUAUGCGAAAAGGAACCAAAACAAAAGAAGAUGUAUACAAAGGGAUUGUUUAGCAAUGAGUACCCACCAGAAAUGAGAGAGUUUUGGAUUAAAGGUACUAAAGUUUUAUCAGAGGAGAUUGCAAAUUGGUCAGAAGUGAAAAAAUACUCGGAAAAGAUUGCUAAACUUUCCGAUCACAUAUAUCAAGUAGGAUUAAAUGCAACCGAGCUCUCUGAAGAUGAAUUUAAUGUUAUUAAUCACGGAGAUUAUCACUUGAACAAUAUGUUAUUCAAAUAUGACAAGGAUGGCAAACCUAUUGAUCACAUAAUCGUGGACUUCCAGUUAUGCGUCUACACAUCGCCGGCAAUUGAUCUUCUCUACUUUUUCAGUACAAGUCCUUCCUCAGAUGUCAUUGAAAACAAAAAAGAUAUUCUAUUAAACGAAUAUCUUGUCUCCUUGUCGUCGAUUAUGAAACAACUGAACUGCAAAACGCAGCCGCCCACGAUGGAGGUACUGAAAGAUACCUUAAAGCGAAGAGCAAGCUAUGAAAUGAUAACAACCAUGACGAUUUUACCAAUAACGAUGAUGUGCCGUAAGGCUGAGGUGAAAGAUUUGCGUGAGGUCAUGGGCACCGGAAAUCCUGGCUUAAAAAACGAGGAUUAUAAAAAAGUAAUAAUAAAGAGACUUCCACUAUAUGAUGAAAGAGGUCUUCUGGAUCUCUAAUGCAUACUUGAUUAUUAAUAAUGAGAUAUAAAAAUGAGGUAUAACGAAAUAGAAAUUUGAAAAA